GGGCUUUAGGAGGCAAUCAAAACAACUCCAUUCAUUUCAUUGAGAUAGAAAAUUGAGGUUUAGAUUGUUUAUGAUUAUUUUAGAGUGUGUCAAGUCUUGAUCAGGGAAGGAAUUUUAAUGCUGGUUUCUCUGUCAACUUUCUGGAGAAGUUUCUGCAGUUUUCCUAAUGGUGAUGCUCCUGUACAGAUCCAGAUUCUGCAGUAGUACCUCUACUUUGCUGGCCACAUUAUCACUGAGAAGAGGAGAAUGGUACUUCCUCUUCCAAUAGAUUUACUGGAGUCUGAGGAUUUUUUCCCUCUGAGAUGGCAUGACGCAAAGUUGUAGUGGUUUUCGGCUGUGUGCCUAAGCUGCUAAGGCCGUUAGAGUUUUCCACGAGCCUGGGACAGCCGUCACAGACAUCUUCUAUAUCAUCACUGGUCAUAAUGCCAUCCCUGCCUAAUGAUGGAGACAUUCCAGGGUCUUCCCGCUUGAACCUCUCUUCAGAUUUGCCUUAUCAAAGUACGAUUAAAAGUAAAGUCAGAAAGAAGAAAAAGAACGGAAUCAUCACGGCGAACGUUGCUGGAACAAAAUAUGAAAUUGUUCGUAUAGUAAUAGAUGAAAUGGGAUUUGUGAAAACUCGAGAUGAAGAUGAAACCGGUAACCUCAUAUGGUGCGAUUCUGCCGUUCAGCAGGAGAAGAUUGCCGAACUCAGAAACUAUCAGAGAAUCAACCAUUUUCCAGGAAUGGGCGAGAUCUGCAGGAAGGAUUUCCUGGCAAGAAACAUGACCAAGAUGAUCAAGUCUCAGCCUCAAGAAUAUUCCUUUAUUCCUCGAACUUGGAUCUUUCCUGCAGAAUACACCCAGUUCCAGAAUUAUGUAAAGGAGUUAAAGAAGAAACGGAGGCAGAAAACUUUCAUAGUGAAACCAGCUAAUGGUGCGAUGGGUCAUGGGAUCUCUUUGAUAAGAAUUGGUGACAAGCUCCCAGCUCAGGAUCAUUUGAUUGUUCAGGAAUACCUUGAUAAACCUUUCCUUAUGGAAGGCUACAAGUUUGAUCUACGAAUUUACAUUCUGGUAACCUCCUGUGAUCCACUCAAGAUAUUUCUGUAUCAUGAUGGGCUUGUGAGGAUGGGAACAGAGAAGUACAGUCCUCCUAGUGACUCCAAUCUGAGCCAGUUGUAUAUGCAUCUGACGAACUAUUCCGUGAACAAACACAAUGAGCACUUCGAACGGGAUGAAACCGAAGACAAAGGCAGCAAGCGCUCCAUCAAGUGGUUUACUGAAUUCCUGCAAACCCAUCACCACGACGUCUCCAAGUUUUGGAGUGAUAUUUCCGAAUUGGUGGUUAAAACCCUGAUCGUGGCAGAGCCUCAUGUCUUGCAUGCGUAUCGAAUGUGCAGACCCGGACAACCUCCAGGGAGUGAUAGCGUCUGCUUUGAAGUGUUAGGGUUUGAUAUUUUAUUGGACCGAAAACUGAAACCAUGGCUUCUGGAGAUAAAUCGAGCUCCAAGCUUUGGAACUGAUCAGAAAAUCGACUAUGAUGUUAAAAGAGGAGUACUGAUGAAUGCACUGAAGUUGCUAAACAUCAGGACCAGUGAUAAAAGGAGAAAUUUGGCUAAACAGAAAGCUGAAGCUCAAAAGAGGCUUUAUGGUCAAGGCUCAAUGAAAAGGCUCUCCCCUGGUUCUUCUGACUGGGAGAAACAACGUCACACGCUGGAGAGGAGGAAAGAGGAAUUGAAAGAGAGACUCGCCCAAGUUCGCAAGCAGAUAUCAAAGGAGGAGCAUGAAAAUCGACACAUGGGAAAUUACAGGAGAAUUUAUCCUCCUGAUGAUAAAUCACUACUUGAAAAAUAUGAAAGCUUGUUGACCACUGCCUUUCAGACAUUCCUUUCAGGAAGAGCAGCUUCACUCCAACGCGAUUUGAAUAAUCCCUUGAAAAGAAUGAAGGAGGAAGACAUUUUGGAUCUUCUGGAGCAGUGUGAGAUAGAUGAUGAAAAACUGAUGGGAAAAUGUGCCAGACCUCGAGGACCAAAGCCUUUGUACUCUAUGCCAGAGAGUGCAAGCAUCCUGAGAAAGCAGAAGAACUACAGCAGCGAAAGUAGUUGUGACAACAGCAGCGAUUCUCUGGGGUCGGAAGAAGAUGAGAAAGAAGAAUACCAGAAUGAGAAGAGAGAGAAGAAGGUUACUUACGACCCUGUUGACCCCAAAUGCAAAUUGGUUGAACGAUCCAGCAGAAUACACUGGACACCUUCCGUGAAAGCAGUAAGGAUGCCGCCCUUCUCCCCCUCCCCAUCAUCCGCAAGCUCCAUAAGACGUUCAGUCAGUUGUCCUCGUUCCAUCUCCGUCUUGUCAAACCAGUUACCCCCGGCGGAGCCUCGCCCGUCCUCAGCCAAGCAAGGGAUUCCAGGCACACGACCGUCUUCAGGGAACCGGUCCCAUUCUUUAAACCGCAGCGCGUCUACCAUCAAAACGGCUCACACUCACAUCCUGGGAUCCACACAUUCGACCGUGAGUGAGUCGUUGCUCCAUCAGAGAACAAAAGAGGAGGAAGAGGCGCUAACAAAGCAGACUCUGUUUGUUUUGAAAGACAUGAGGAUCAGAUUUCCAGGAAAAGCCGAUGAAGAGGGAGAGUUGAUUAUAGAUGAUAUCAUGGAUAACUGGAAGUACCAUAAAACAAAAAUUGCUUCAUACUGGCUCAUAAAAUUGGACUCUAUUAAACAACGGAAGGUUUUGGACAUUGUGAAGACGGGUGUCCGUUCUGUUCUCCAAUGCAUCUGGAGGGUACCUGACGUUGAAUGUUUACAUUUGUAUCGCAUUUUUAACCGGGUAUUUAAUCGCUUGCUCUGGAGUCAUGGCCAAGGCCUGUGGAACUGUUUCUGUGAUUCAGGGACCUCCUGGGAGACCGUAUUCAGUAAAAGCACCGAGGUGGUGACUCCUGAUCAGCUUCAGUGUUGCCAGCAACUCGUUCAGCUUUGUAAACACUGCCUGCUGGUGGUUUACAAAUAUACAGUGGAGUCAAGAGGAUCGCCAUCUGGAAUUAGCCCCGAUUGGGAUGACACAAGGACCAAAGCCAGGAAAUCCUUGAACCUUGAUUCAAUUGGAGCUGUGGAAAUGUCUGAUGCUACUCCUGCUUUCCCAAGAUUUGCCCUAUACAAACCUGGAAGUUCACUUGAUACCGGGAUCAUGUUUUCAAGGUAUUUCCUACCAGGAACGACACCGUUCAUCCUGAAAACACCAUCCUACAACUUUAGCAUCAGUUCCGGAAUGGCUCGCUCCAGUAUUUUGUUUACACCCAGAUACGGUCAUUUGUGAAACAAAAGGGAAGUUGCCCAUGCUUUAUAAAUAAUGGCAAUGCAUUGUUAUUUUUUCAAUUAAGAAAUGCAGUGAUGUGAUAAAUGAGUGCUGUUUCAUUUCUAUAACAUGCAUUUAUAUAUAGACAUAGAUAUACAUACCUAUAUAUCUAUAUCUAUACAUCCAUUCAGUCAAAUAGUACAUUUAUUCACUAUGGAAUAUGAAAGAAGAAUUAACUCCCAACUGAUUGUAAAAGCUCACCCUUUCCGGAAAUGUAUUAACCAUGGUAAAUUUGUUUACAUAAAUAUGUGAAUGUCUCGACCUUGCUAAGUUUAUAAUUAAUUCUUCCUACUAGAAAUGUUAUUUUUGCUGCAGAAUGUAUAAAUUGGAAUUGAUCUUGGGGAUCUCCAUUACAGUGUUAUAUUAUUUUCUAGGUACAGAACCUUUUGACUUGAAAUAUAUUAUUUAUUGUAUAAUGCCUUGUUAAUGAUCUUAGCUAUGUUGCUAGUUUAUAAUGAUAAAUGAUAAAGAAGCCUGAGGUAGAAGAAUUAUGAUUAAUAAAUAGACCAUUUGACUAUUUCUGUAGCCCAUUGGAAAAUACUAUAAAAGCCAAAUCUAACAUAGACAUCUUUUUAUUUUUCCCCGUGAAAUAAGAUACCUGUAAUUAAGAGCCUAGUAAAGUAAUGAUUUGGUCUGUGAAGACAAUCCAAUAGGGAAAUAUAUCUGAGAAGCAAAAUUAGUUCUUACCUAUAGUUUUUAGCUGAAUUAAUAUAAUAAAACAGAAGGA